AUGAAUAGCGUAAUUAUUCAGAAUUUGACACACAAAUUUGUGUCUGCAGGUGUUUUCAAGGCAGAAUUGGACGAAUUUCUUCGUCGUGAGCUUGCUGAAGAUGGUUACAGCGGUGUGAAAGUUCGGUCUAACGAGCGUCGUACUGAAAUUAUCAUUUCGGCAACCAAAACCCAAGCUGUUUUGGGCGAUCAAUCCCGUCGGAUUCGUGAGCUCACUUCCUUAAUCCAGAAAAGGACCCGCUCUCCCAAGACGAUCGAGUUGUUCGUUGAGAAAAUGAUGGCUCGAAGCCUCAGUGCUACGACCCAAGCUGAGUCACUUCGCUACAAACUCACGGGUGGUCUUCCUGUUAGAAAGGCUUGCUAUAGCGUUCUGCGCUUUAUAAUGGAGUCGGGUGCUCGCGGCGCGGAAGUUGUCGUUUCUGGUAAGAUCAAGGGUCAGCGCGCCAAGUCGAUGAAGUUUUCUGACGGACUGAUGAUUCAUUCUGGUGAUCCGGUGAAUUACUACAUUGAUCGUGCAGUUCGACAUGUUCGCUUGCCCCAAGGUAUCCUCGGUAUUAGGGUGAAGAUCAUGUUAAACCACGACAGCACAGGAGCCACGGGUCCUAGGAAGCCUCUUCCCGAUGCCGUUUCUAUCCUUAAUGCAAAGGAGGAAGUUCUUCCUUCUGCUCCCUAUUCUGUUGAUAAAUCACAAUAA